AUGGCCACCGAAUUUCACCUUUUCCCGUUCCUCCCCUGGGAGCUUCGACGGAUGAUCUGGCUCGAAUGCAUCGAGGGCAGGGUGGUCGAGCUCGAAGUCCCACCCGUGAUGUACCUGUCCGCUCACUCGGAGAACUGCCUCUCCUGGACUGCCCAUCAGAACACAAGACCGCCUGUCGUGAGUAGAGUAUGCCAGGAGUCUCGAGAAGCUGUCCUGAGCCAGUGUGCCUGGGCCCUGGAUGAGAGAGAUGUCAGCCACCUCUUCGUUGACUACAUCCCCAUCCCCACCCGCAACCCGUGGUUCAACCCAGCGAAUGAUAUCGUCGCCUUCAGCUCGCUGGGAUGUAUUUACCCGGAUGAAUGCGCGGUCUACGGCAAAGAUUCUUACUACAUGCAGUUCGCGAAACAAGCCCAGGACAUCGUCAUCCCGGCCCGCCUCAUCUACCCUCUCCGUUAUCUACGACUUCCCAUGGAACUCGGGGGGGUUGAAGCCAAGAAUCUCCCGGGUGGCAGCAGACCAGCUAAGACCAUCGAGGUCCAUAUGCCCCCGGUGCAGUUCCUCAAUUCAACCCUCUCUGGCCGCACAGGCGACAGUCUCGUUCACAUCGUCGACAUCUUCGACGCGGCGCAGAUCGAAAAGAUCUACGAAGAGGUCAAGAAUGUCUACCCGCAAGAGCAAGACAUUAUGACCGUCUUCGCGCUCCUCCGUAACACGGAGAGACUUCAUCGAGAGGUUACCAAGUGGCAAAAGGACGUGAAAAUGAACUGGAUGUCACAGAGAUACGGAGCCUCACACUCAUACGACCAUAGGGUCUACGACGAGGAGCACAAUAUUCCAUCCCGCAACCCCGAAUGCUUCCUCAACCCGCCUGGCAGUGAGCCCAGUGCGGAGCCCAUGAAUCGAGCUCGUUUCGUCGAAUUCUAUGCCCAGACCCCGCCACGCUUCGACGAAUUCAUCUUCGACAUGGAUGACCCUUGGGUCCAAUGGGCCCACGACGAUAUGCCAACCUUCCGUCCCGUCAUCAUUUUCCGACUCUGCGUCAGGGGUUGCUCAUCCCUCUGCUCGACCAACACCCGGAGGGAGAUAUACUCCGGGAGAUACUUGCACGACUACACUGACACCCUCAUGGGGCAGUAUCAGUCGAUCCGGCUAAAUGAGCGCGCCGAGGAGAAUGCCAUGGCGGCCGAAAGCCGAAAGACCCUGAAGAGAAUUUGA